AUGUCGACACGUCGAACGACGCGCUCGAAGGCAGAGGCUCCGACUUCUUCGAGGUCGGCUCGAUCUACGACAAGUUCCCGAAGUAGAAAGGUGAAGGAGGAACGCAUAUCCGACGUGGAAGAGGAAGAGGCACUCCCCCCCAAAGUUACUCGUUCGAAAGCUUCUUCGACGUCUCAAUCCAAGGCUAGGACAAAGAAGUCUACCGCUGCCCCGCCUCCGAAGCCUCCUAACGAGGAGGACUAUCCGGAUCCACACAGCGAGCAAACCGACGAGCAAACCGAAAAGUCGGUCUCUAAGUCUUCCGGGAAGAAGAGAGUACAACGAGGACGCGUCACAGAAUCUGACGGAGACGAAGUGGAAUCCGUAGAAGGCCAGAGGCCAGAGGCCAAGGAGCCGACACCUCAUUCGGCUCCUACCAAACCAACACCCCCGACCACUAAAGAUGAGAAGAGCUCAUCGGAAGAAGAAGAUUUGAUACCCCAGGCCUCAAUACGAUCAUCUGUGGCCCCUCCAUCUCGUUAUGGUCGUGGUUCUGUUCCUCCUGUAUCGCGAAUUGGGCAUUCAUUUCUGGCACCUUCAACCCCACUCCCUAUACCUGAGGAAACGGAAGUAGAGACAGGCCCGAAGAGUCGGCUUGUUAUUCAUAAGAUGGCUUUGGUGAAUUUCAAGAGCUAUAAAGGACGUCAGGAAAUUGGACCAUUUCACAAAUCAUUUUCUGCUAUAGUUGGACCCAAUGGCUCUGGAAAGUCCAAUACUAUCGACGCCCUCCUCUUCGUAUUUGGUUAUCGAGCCAAUAAAAUGCGGCAAGGGAAGCUGUCUGAAUUGAUUCACAACUCGACUAGGAAGGGAGAUGAUAGCGACGAUGAAAGCGAGCUGGACUCAUGUAGCGUGGAAGUGCACUUUCGAGAAAUCAUAGACCACCCGGGCCCCGAUGACUACGAAGUGGUAUCGAAUUCUAAGCUAGUAAUUGCUCGUACUGCCUACAGAUCGAAUAAAUCCGAAUACACCAUCAAUGGAAAACCAUCCAACUUCACAGAGGUCACAACAUUACUGAAGGCCCGCGGUAUCGAUCUUGAUCACAAACGUUUCCUUAUUCUGCAGGGAGAGGUCGAGUCAAUUGCUCAGAUGAAGCCUAAGGCUCCAUCGGAGCACGAAGAUGGGCUGCUCGAGUACCUUGAGGAUAUCAUUGGAACAUCGAAAUACAAGGCACCCAUUGAAGCUGCGAACGAGGAAGUGGACAAGCUUAAUGAAGAACGGGGUGUUAAACUGAACCGUCUUCGGCUCGUCGAAAAAGAGAAGAGUCGGCUUGAGACUGCCAAGCGCGAAGUGGAAGAUGCGUUAAGGGAUCAUAAUGCUCUUAUGCGUGCUCACUCCGCUUUGGCUCAGUACUACGUCUGGCAAUCGUUGAAGAAUGUGGAUGGUUGCAAGCGCGAGAUCGCGAAACUAGAAGCCAGGCUCACCAAGGAGAUUGAGAAGAACAAGGAUAACAUCGCUGAGACUGAGGCUCUCCAGGCCGAGUAUAAGGAUAGGGAAGCUCAAUACGAGGUUGUCCGGAAUGAAACCGCAAAACUAGUGAAGGACCUUGCUGCCCACGAGAAGGAAGAGGUGAAGCUCCAAGAGAAGAAGAAGCAUGUCGCCACGAAACAUAAGAAGCUGAAGAAAUCUAUUGUGGAGGAUGGGCACGCCAAGAACGAGGCGGAGUCGACUGUUGAGACUUUCGCAUCCCAGCUCAAAAAGCGGAAGAGGGAAAUUGAUGCUCUCGAGGUUGAACUGGCGAGAGAGGAAGAGGAAAUGGAGGUAGUUCAGGAAAGCCUUAAGGGCAAAACGGAAGGUUUUCAACGUCAAAUCGAAGCAAAGCAGAAAGAGCUGGCUCCAUGGAUGACGAAGGUUACCGCCAAGCAGGCUGAGAUCGAUGUCGCUGAGAACGAGCGUGCGUUGCUGGCUGAAAAGGCUGCAGGGGCUCAGAACGCCGUUCAAGACGCAAUUAAGGAUCUAGAAGCUCUCAGGCUGACGCAACGACGAAGCAGGAGGAACAUUGUCGUGGAACAAACUGAGAAGCUCCGUUUAAAAGCAACUGGCGCCCGCCAGAAGGUAGAGGAGGCUAAAGCAAGCCAGGCAGCAAGCACGUCGCAGAACGCCGUCCUCGACAGCCUAAACAGGCUGCGCGCCGCAGGGAGAAUUCAGGGCUUCCAUGGUCGGCUUGGGAGCCUCGGAACCAUUUCCGAGAAGUACGAUGUCGCAAUAUCCACAGCCUGCCCUUCCCUGAAUCACCUUGUUGUGGAUACAGUCGAGCAAGGCCAAGCCUGCAUAGAAUAUCUAAGGAAACAGAAUGUCGGGCGGGCAUCAUUUAUCGUUCUGGAAAAACUCCCUGCCGAUGGUCGGCUCAACAAGAUCCCAACACCCGAAAACGUCCCCCGGUUGUUCGACCUUGUCAGCCCUAAAGACCCCAAGUUCGCCACCGCAUUCUUUAAGGGACUCGGAAAUACCCUUGUAGCAAACGAUUUAGACCAGGCGAACCGCAUCGCAUACGGCCAGCAAAAGCGUUGGCGCGUCGUGACCCUAGCCGGACAAGUGUUUGACACCUCUGGUACCAUGUCCGGUGGUGGGACCAAGGUCGCCAGGGGUGGAAUGAGCUCUAAACUUGCCUCGGAUGCUGUGGAGCCUGCUGUGCUGAAGAAGUACGAGACUGACAGUGCGAAGUUCCAGCAGGAGCUUGAAGAGAUGCUGUCAGAUCGACGUCAAGUUGAAACUGACUUAGAAUCCCUCCUGAAGCAAAUCCCCAAGGUAGAUAUGUCCAUCUCGAAGGUGGAAUUGGACAUCCAGACAGCGAAGAAGCGUAUGAAUGAAUCGGAAAGACGCAUAAAGGAGCUUGAUUCCCAAACUAAACCCAAUGCUUCUGAUGUUCAACGCAUAAAGAUAUUGGAAGCUGAAAUCCAAGUUUCGACAUCGGAGCUCGAGAAGCUUCGUGAGAAAUCCGGUGUCAUUGACAAAGAUAUCAGUGCACUUCAAGACAAGAUAUUGGAAAUUGGAGGUGUUCGUCUACGAACACAGAAGGCGAAAGUAGACGGUCUUAGGGAGCAGAUUGACCAUAUAAAUGACCAGAUUACCAAAGCAGAAGUAGGCAAGACGAAGGCUGCACGAGAUGCGGAGAAACUAGCCACUAGCAUCGCGUCCGCGACGGAAUCGCUUCAAGAGGUCGAGUCUGAACUGGAAGCCCUUGAGGAAGAUUUGGAACUGCGAUCGCAGGAUCUUGCUAGAGUUCGUGCCCAAGUCGAAGAGGCGCAGAGAGUGGUAGAGUCCGCUAAGGACGACCUAGCGGAAAUGAAGGCCGAAUUGGAUGAGAAGAUGGAACAACUUAAUGAAUUCCGUGCCAAGGAGAUGGAAAUCAAACAAGCUCUUCAAGAUAAGACCAAGGCACUUCAUGACAACGAAGCCAAAGUGCAGCAUUGGAAUGAAUUCCAUGACAAGCUUGAGCUCCAUGAAAUCGACGAAGACGAAGAUCAAGAUGAAGAGCCAACGCCAAAAGCAGAUGACGUGAAGGACGGUGAAAAUAGCACUCCCGUGAAGACCGAAGUUACUGAUGAUACACAAGAGAAGAUCACUGGAAAACGGAAAGCAACAGAGUCCAAUGAACUUGAAGUUCUAAGUGAAGAGAUGCUUGCAGGCCUCGACCUAGAUGAGCUCAAAGGCGACGUUGCUGCAUUAGAAGAAAGAGUCAAAUCUUCCAAACCCAAUAUGGGGCUUUUGGAAGAAUACCGGAAGCGAGAAGUGGAAUUUCUCGAUCGCGCGAAGGAUCUUGAGGAUACUACUGCAGCCAGAGAUGCUGCAAAGUCUAACUUUGAUCAACUUCGGAACCAGAGGUUAGACGAAUUCAUGUCUGGUUUUAAUGCUAUCUCAAGCAAGCUCAAAGAGAUGUAUCAAAUGAUCACUUUGGGAGGAAACGCUGAACUUGAGCUCGUUGACAGCUUGGAUCCAUUCUCCGAAGGCAUUAUCUUCAGCGUCAUGCCUCCAAAGAAGAGCUGGAAAAACAUAUCCAACCUGUCUGGUGGGGAGAAGACCCUGAGCUCUCUCGCACUCGUCUUUGCUCUCCAUGUAUUCAAGCCUACGCCUUUGUACUUCAUGGAUGAGAUCGAUGCAGCAUUAGACUUCCGGAACGUGUCGAUUGUGGCAAACUACAUCAAGGAUCGGACCAAGAACGCACAAUUCAUAAUUAUCUCUCUGAGAAAUGAUAUGUUUGAAUUAAGUCACCGUCUCAUUGGUAUUUACAAGACAUCGAAUGCAACACGAAGUGUUUCAAUAGAUAACCAUGUUCUAACUCCUUCCGUGCAAGCAUGA